AUGGCUUUAAUUGAAGAAGUGGAGGAAUUCGACCCCUACCGGCAGUCCAUGCGGCGGUUGUUGGCGUACGUCGGCCUCCAGGGCUACGGCACGCCGGAGGCCGCGAUGCCGACGAUCACCGCGGCGGAAAAAGCGCGAAUCGCGGCGCACCUUCCACAGCUCGAAGGGCAAAGCGAGGGCGAAUCCACCCCAGUUGGGACCUCGGGAGGGGCCCUGGGGGAGAAUUCGCGGGGAACCCCGGACGAGGCCGCGGAGCCGACGAUUUAUUUAAGCCCCGAGGAGACUUUGCGGUGGAAGGCCUUUCUUGCGGGGACGCCAGUGGAGGAGCGGCAAAGGGCCUCAGUGCGGCGACGGCUCUCCCUCAACCUCUGGCGUGCGCACACGCGGGGGUUGUGUUUGUGGUGUUGGUUUCCCGCGCAAGUGUGCAUGUGUGCGAGGCUGCGGGCCUAUCGCAAGGCGCUUCCUUCGCCGAUCUUAAACGGCGCCUUCGAGCUGACCCUUCUUUUUCACCCCGAGGAGGUCUUUCGCAGUACCAAUACGGGGCAUCUCGCCGCCUACCUUUUGGGCGCCCCUCUUCGCGUGUGGGGGGUUCCCGCGGACGACGCGGCGAUGGCGCGACUUCAGCCCCUUUCCGAGGGCACCGCGGCGGUGUGGAUGGGGGGGGAGGACCAAGGCCACCUUCACCACACCCCCAACCGCCUUCAUCACCUUUUGCUUUACCCGGAGGAAGGCGCCCCGGCGCUGGAUGGCUUUGUUAAAGCGCGUCUGGGCUCGGAGGCUGGGAGGGCGGCGUGUUGGACCGCCUCUUCCCCUUCCCCUUCCUCUUCUUCGGACAAAUUCCAUUUAAUCUUGCUGGAUGGGACGUGGGGGCAGGCGCUAUCGCUGAAUCGCCAUCUACCCCGCGCCCUACCGCGGGUUUCGUUGAUCAUUGGCGAGGCAUACGAGGCUUUAUUUUCGGCCUUGCGAAAGCGAACGCGGGCGAGCGGGGUAAGCACCUUUGAGGCCGUCAGCAUGGCCGUCGAUCAGCAUCUCCGGGCCCUGGGCCGGGCCGACGUCGCCCCACGCGUCCUUCACACCCUCACCAGCGCGAUGAAGGAGUUUGUCGAUACGAAGUGUCUUUUAAAGUUCGCCCAACCCCAAUUCGCCCCGGAGGGGAGCCACUUGAAGGAGACCAUCCAGCGGCGCGAUCUCGCCCUGCGCGAGGCCGCGCGGCAUCGCCAGGCGCUUCUGGAGGCGCGCGUGCGGACGGAUCCAGACGCCCGCCGGCUAUUAUUGCCGCCUGUUCUCACCUAUUGCUAUCGCUGCGAUCGCGCGGUGAAAUGGCAUCUCAUGCCGGAGCACGCGCUGGGGAAAAAGCACCAAUCGAUGCUUCUUUUGAACCCCACCUUUGCGGUAUCGGCGGCGGCGCGAAGCGGCUUUGCCCCAGACGUCUCUCCGACGCCAGGCGAACCCUACGCCGAAAAGGACCAUCCUGGGAAAGAAGAAGAGAAAUGGGAAUUAAACGGGGAAAUCAUUAAGAACGGUAGUUGUAAGUAG